CAAAGCAAAAAUGUCUGCCUAAGGGAAACUCGUAAUUGAUAUAUAUAGAGGAUAUUAUCACCCGUAUUGCUCUUUAAACCGACAUUCCGCUAUUUGGAGGCGUUUUGUCAAAAAAGGACUCUACACCAGAUCACCCUAGUCGGGAUUUUAAUCGGAAAACAGGUCCUGGCUUUAACAAGAUCAGACAUCCAUUCAGUGCGCUCCCACCGCUGCUCUCAUCAGUCGUUAUCAGUGGGGAAAAAAAACCCACCCUAAAUUAAAGGUUUCUAGUUCGGCAGGAUGAAUCCUCAGCAGCGGAUUGCCGCUCUCGGAACAGACAAGGAGUUAAGUGACCUGCUGGAUUUCAGUGCGAUGUUCUCUCCACCUGUCAGUGGAGGAAGGAAUAGGCCUACCACACUUGGAAGCAGUCAGUUCAGUGCACCAGGUAUGGAUGAACGGACCAACCAAGCAUCUUGGGCCCCAGGUGGCGAGUCCAGUCCUUCCUAUGAAUCCUCCCGGGGUUUUGCAGACAGUCCUCAUUACAGCGAUCAUUUGAGUGACAGUCAAUUAGUGUCCCAAGAAGGAUUGUCCCCAACACCUUUUAUGAACUCAAACAUAAUGGGUAAAUCAGAAAGGGCCUCUUUUAUUGGCUAUGGGAGAGAUCCCGGAGCAUCUGCUUGCCAGUCUUCUCUAAGGCCAGACAUCGGGUUGGCGAGUCCUAAUUCAGUGACUACGUCAGGAAAAUCUUCUGCUCCAUUUUACUCCUUCACUGGAGCCAAUCCCAGAAGACGUUCUCUACAAGAUCCAUCACCCGUCGAUCCUCUACAAACAAAAAAGGUUCGCAAGGUCCCUCCUGGCCUACCUUCAUCUGUGUACGCACCGUCUCCAAACUCAGAGGACUUCAACAGAGAUCCUCCUUCUUAUGCUUCUCCAAAACCCUCCAGCAGUAUGUUUGCAAGCACUUUUUUUGAUGGUACCCACAGUUCAUCUGACCCAUGGAAUUCGUCCAGUGGGAUUGGUCAGCCUGGUUAUGGUGGAAUGCUCGCAGGAUCUUCAUCGCACAUGCCACAGUCUGGAAACUACAGCAGCCUGCACUCACACGAGCGUUUGAAUUACCCUGCACACUCAGUCUCUCCGGACAUCAAUGCCAGUCUUCCUCCAAUGUCGAGCUUCCACCGAAGCAACACCAGCACUUCACCAUUCGUCACUGCAGCACACACCCCGUCAGUUAACUCAGCCGAUGGGGUUAUGGUUGCUGCAAAUCGGGGGACUGCUGGAAGCUCACAGACUGGAGAUGCGCUAGGCAAGGCUUUAGCUUCGAUUUACUCACCUGACCACACUAGCAGUAGUUUUCCAUCCAAUCCAUCGACACCUGUGGGUUCUCCUUCCCCUCUGACAGCCACAGCAGGUGUUGCCUCAGCAGGUACUGUGGUGACUGCUGCUGGUACCCCGUCUGGAAGGCCAGGUACCAACCAGUGGCCCCGUGCGAGUGGACAGAGCCCCUCCUCUCCAAAUUAUGAAAACUCUCUUCACUCACUGAAAAACAGAGUUCAUCAGCAGUUACAUGAGCAUCUCCAGGAUGCCAUGUCUUUCUUAAAGGAUGUCUGUGAGUCUCGAAUGGAGGAUCGUCUGGACAGAUUGGAUGAUGCAAUCCUCGUUCUGAGGAACCAUGCAGUGGGCUCCACCACCAGUCUGCCCAGUGACAUACACAGUCUGCUGGGACAGGCACAAAACGGGCCAAUAGCAGCCAUUGGACCAAACUUCCCUGCCUCUGCGCUGGUUUCAAGUCGGACUGCAGCGAUGCAGGGUGGUGAUGACGCCGCUAGCCUGAACAACAGCCAUGGAGGACUGACCAGCGCUGGCUCUACAUCCAGCACAGAACUCAACCACCAAGUGGAGGCGUUCAGAGCUCUUACUUCAGGGUUGUCAGGCCAGGUGCCUGCCACUCUGGAGCUGAAGGUUGAGAAACAGGAUAAGGAUGACAUGCAUGACAGCCUUUCCACGGAUGCAAAGUCAGAUGAAGAAAGCGACACAAGAGAUAUGAAGACACCCAGAGUAGGCCAACGCACAAGCAGCAUCACUGAAGAUGAGGAUCUGAAUCCAGAGCAGAAGGCUGAACGUGAACGGGAGAGGAGAAUGGCUAAUAAUGCCCGUGAACGCCUGAGGGUGCGAGACAUCAACGAGGCCUUCAAGGAGCUGGGUCGUAUGUGCCAGCUGCACCUGAAAAGCGAGAAGCCCCAGACUAAACUGCUCAUCCUCCAUCAGGCUGUGGCCGUCAUUCUUAGCUUGGAGCAGCAAGUCAGAGAGCGGAAUUUGAACCCCAAAGCAGCCUGCCUUAAGAGACGUGAGGAAGAAAAAGUAUCUGGGAGCUCCAGUGAUGCCCAACAAGCUCACACAGGAGUUCAUCCGGGCUUGACUGACACACCCAACCCUAUGGGCCACCUCUGAGAGGAAACAGCUUGAUGCAGACCGUUUCUGUUCUGUUUGAGUCGGUGACCUUGCUUCCCAGUGACAGACAGAACUCACAGUUCGUGACAUCAAUUGGAGGAGACAGACCACUUGAAGCAAAACUACGAGUCUAACACAAUCCAAUACUAAGAUUGAAGAACAGCCAAGCAUCCAGCUCCCUGCGACCAGUUUCCAUCUGCAAAUUUCUCACCCCAAGAAAAAUCCUCCGCACAUAUCACUGUCUGCAGGAAGUGUGUUGCUUCUGAACAAUCAGAGACUUUGCAAUCUCCUCCAACCGUAUGUGGAAAUUGCCAUGUGCCUAAACUGAAUUGACGAAUGCAUUGUAACAGCAACUGUUUCUGUUUGUCUGUUUCUUUUUUUUUCUAUUUAUUAUGUUAUUGAGCUAUAAAGUGUAUGUCUAAAGGGAACGUUUGGUAAUUUCAAUGAGAAGCAGGUAGCUUUUCAGUUGAUCUAUAGUUUGCCGAUGUCAUCAUUAAAACGGAGCACUCCGCCCUGGUAAGUCUUUGGCGAGUCCAAGAUGAGGAGAAAAAGAUUUGGGCAUUGAAAGGAUUGAGAUUAAUUUAUUGGCCAGUUCAGAGUGAUAUUUAUAUUCAAAUGAAAAUUAUCAUUAGCUGUCAGAAGUGAAACCUAAAUUGCCCCAUCUUUUUUCCUUUUUCUUUUAAAAAAAGAAGAUAUAUUAUUUAUAUUUAUAUGUUUUUUCAUUUUGUUACUGGCCACAUGUGCAACCAAAACUACCUUCUGUUGGUUUCCGUGCAGUUUAGAUCAGUUUCUGCAUUACUGAGCAUCACAAAAACAGGUCCAACUACAUUAGCAUCAACAAUGUUGUCUACAAAGGUGACAGAUGAAUGGCAAACUGUAGUUUUACUGAAAGCUCAGGUUAAGUGUUUUUAGUUUUUUUUCCCCUUCCCUUGGUAGUGAGCAGUGAAAAUACAGAGAGCAAACUGUUUGCAGACCUUAGCAUUCCCUGCAUUUUUAGUGUCUUAACUAAAGGAAGAGGGGACGUCACUGCCCCGUCACUCCUUGCCAUAUAGUGUUACAUGUAAGUAGUUACAUAUUUUGGCAGAUUCUUGUCUACAUUUAGCCUCCUGACAGUUACAUCCUGAUGCGAGCACAGGGAUGGCUUGUUCUGUUUAGUUUUUGUUUUGUUUCUGUUUUUGUCAGCAAACCAGAGAUUGCUUAACAAAGUAGUGAAAAAGUACAAAUAUUAAACGAUGACCACACUUUCUCCUGGCCUGAUGAACAUAUCAGUUUUCCUUCUGUUAAUAUUUCAAGACAUUAAAUUUCAAGCACAGUUAUUCAAAGUAAUGUUUAGUUAUGCUUAUUUGUGUAACAAGUCCUUUCUUUUGACUUUAAGCAUUAUAAUAAUGUCCAGUUUAGUUAGCAGAGACAGCAUCGAGGUUAUUUUUCAAUGAUGUUUUGAUCAAAGCCCUGAUCCACUAAAUACAGUCUGCCAGACUUUGUAUAUCAUGGAUUUUUUUGGAUAUCAUUGAACUUUAGCGUGAUAAUGAACAAAAAGACAAAAAGAAAAAAAACUGGAUAUUUUUUUCAUUUUUCAACACAUUGACCAUGGCUUUAUUUUGUUUUCCCUAUCAGUGUGCAUGCUUUACGUUUCUCCUUUUAUGAAAUCUUUGGUCUUAAGACUUGCUUUAUAUUCCAUAUAUUUCUUUGUAUAUUGUGUUCUAUCAUUAUUUACACUUUAAACAAGGCUGCCACAUUCAGAAUGAGUAUUCUGUACAAUUAAGGGACUUCAGUUAGAAUAAAGGAUGCCACAAUAGGAGUCUACAUUCAGCAUGUAUGAGUUAACAACUUUAUUUUAGUGACAAAUGAAAACUAAUCAGUUUCUGCAUUUUCUCUGACUGAAUGUGGCCUUGUUCAUUUCAGUAUUUCAUGAUCUUGUAUUCAUGUUUGCAGACUUCAAUUGAGGGUGUAAUGUAUGUCACUUCCAGCUCUGUUUCCUUUUCUUUCUUUCUUUUUUUUAAUAUUCCUGUUCUUCUAUUUCUUUGCUCCUCUGUUUGCCAAGUUAGACUUUGCUGUAUUUCCUGAUGCUUUCCCUUGUAUAUUAUGUGGAAAAAAGGAAAAAAAAAACAAAAAAAAAAAUUUGGCUUAUUUUUCACUGUAGUUAGUCUUUUAUACAAUAAUACUGUAAGAAUAUUUCUUGAAUUCUAAAAUAUUGCUCUUUCUAGAUUUUUGAAAGCAAAAGUUUUGAGUAAAAAGUUUCUUACUUUAUUUUACUAUAUUAGAUAGUAAAAUGUACGGUUAUUUACCAUAACAUGUCCAUUAUGACAAGAUAUUUACAAAUGGAAUCUGAAUACAGCUGAACUCGUAGUCUAGUUCUUAAAAAAGGCUUCAUACAGGCUUCAGAUUACUGAAAGGCGACAUCCGCCUUACUUUUCAGUCCGUUGUCAAUUGAUAAAAAUUUGUUCUUGUGUCAAAUUAAAGGUGUUGUUGAUGCACAUUCAAAGAAAAAAGAAAAACUGCGCCAGCAAAAAUUUGAAUUUUCUGUCUUUUUCAGCAGAAAAAAAACUGUAUAUAACAUUUAUGUUGCAAUAAAUGUGCCAUCUUUUUUAAA